UGUUAUGUAAAAAUAAAUGAGAGCCAAAUGUGCGCACAGCAUCCUUGAAAGCUGAGACGUUUAGCAAACCAGCUUCUGCAGUGCUUAACAAGUCACGCGAUCUUUGCGCUUUAAAUUGUUGACUUUAGCAACGCCGGCAGCGGCAGCAGCAGCAGCAGAGGCAGCAGCUACAGUCGCGGCAGCGCAGCCCAUACAUUGAUUGGCUUGCCACCAAAAAACUCGCGCCAUUGUUUGUUUAAAUCAUGCCUGCGCCCCAGGUAAUCGCAGCCGCUGCCGCGGCCAUAACCACGGCAAGUGUGCCCAGCUCCGAUGCCAGCGCCAACGCAGCGACCAAUGCAACAGCGGCCAACAGCAGCAGCAGCAGCAGCAGCAGCAGCGGCAGCAGUAGCAGCGCUGUGAAUAGCGGACGCCAUCAGCUGCGACCAGUUAAAUAUGAUUAUGCGGAUUCAUUUGCCUGCACCUAUAUCGUUUCGGUUGUGGCCGCCUCCAUAGCCGAGCUGGUCACAUAUCCGCUGGAUCUCACAAAGACCCGUUUGCAAAUCCAAGGCGAGGCGGCCAGUGUGGCCACAAUUGCCAGCAGCAGCAUCAGCAGCAGCAGCGCCAAGGCAAAUAUGCAAUAUCGCGGCAUGGUCGCCACCGCCUUUGGCAUUGUACGCGAGGAGGGCGCCAUCAAAUUGUGGCAGGGCGUGACGCCGGCGCUCUACAGACACGUCGUCUAUAGCGGCGUGCGCAUCUGUAGCUAUGAUCUGAUGCGCAAGGAGUUCACCAAGAACGGCAGCCAGGCGCUGCCCGUAUGGAAAUCGGCGCUAUGCGGUGUUACCGCCGGUGCCGUUGCCCAAUGGCUGGCCUCGCCCGCGGAUCUGGUUAAGGUGCAAAUACAAAUGGAGGGACGGCGCCGUCUGAUGGGCGAGGCGCCGCGUGUGCACAGUGCGGGGCAUGCAUUCCGCAUGAUUGUGCAGCGCGGCGGCAUCAAGGGCCUCUGGAAGGGCAGCAUACCGAAUGUACAGCGUGCGGCGCUGGUCAAUUUGGGUGAUCUAACCACAUAUGAUACCAUCAAGCAUCUGAUUAUGCGUCGCCUGCAAAUGCCCGAUUGCCACACGGUGCAUGUUCUGGCCUCCAUAUGCGCUGGAUUCGUGGCGGCCAUCAUGGGCACACCGGCGGAUGUGGUCAAGACGCGCAUCAUGAAUCAGCCCACCGACGAGCUGGGCCGAGGUUUGCUCUAUCGCGGCUCCUUGGAUUGUUUGCGCCAGACUGUGGCCAAGGAGGGUUUCGUUGCGCUCUACAAGGGUUUUCUGCCCUGUUGGAUACGCAUGGCGCCCUGGUCGCUCACCUUUUGGCUAUCGUUUGAACAAAUACGCAAAAUGAUUGGCGCCUCCAGUUACUGAGUCCUUUGGUCCUUAGAGUCACACCCUGAGAGUUUGGGAAUGAAUGAGAAUCAAAAAGAAAAUGCAAUCGAUAUUUCAAAAUCAACAAAACUAUGUUAAUUCUACAUUAUUUUGUGUUUGUUGCUUUGUGCGGCAAGGUAAACAAGUGCUAUUAUAAUGGUACAAAUACUCUCAAGACUGUUUUUAUCUAUGCUUAAAUCUGAUUCUUAUGGAACAUCUAAAACUUUCACUUGAUUAUCCUUCGUCCCAUUCACAAUUAAUAGAGUCUGGCUGCACAGAAGAUUUAUAAUAAUCGAAACCUAUAUAAAAAUCGAAAAAAUCAAAAUAGAACUGCUAAUCAUGUUGAAAAUAAUAAUCAAUAGUCUGUAAGAAACCAAUAUGAAACUCUAGACGAAUAUAUAUUUCCUGGUUUUAAGCAAAUUUUUUUUUGAAAAAGGUAUUGCUAUUUUUUUGUGAGAAUCAUAUAUAUAUAUAUAUGAACUGAUAUUUUUCAAUGCUUAAAUCGUAUAUACUUAGCGUUUACUAAAGUGUACUAAGCUCGUAUAUUACAUUUUAUUAUUGCCUUGUUAUAAACAGGCUUUUUAAGGAAUAAACUUUCUAAAAGUGUAAAAUAUACAUUGUUAUAUAAACCAAAA